UGGGUCUCCUGAAUCUGAUAUCACAUAGGCUUCACGACCGCGCAGACGGUCAAUUUAGCCUGUUCCUCGCUUCUCUCUCUCUCGACUCGCCCACCGUACGCAAGAUCUGCCUUGGCGGUGCAGUCGGUUCACAGACACUCGAUAGACUUGGAAGCUUCCUCCACUUACAACACCUCGACCUGACCAUGGCGAGCUCAAGCGACACAGAGCAUCUUACGGAGCGUCUUGCCUCUAUUCGCGCCUUGUCCUGUCUUUCUGUCACCAUGGAACCUGGUGUACAUGUCCCAGUGAAGUCGGGCGGGAAGAGAGGUCGCUUCCGUGCAUUGAGGUCGCUCGACGUGGUCGGAGAUGCGGUCGAAGUGUAUGCCCUUGCAACGUUAUGCCAGAUUCCCAUGUUAGAGACUCUCUUCGCGUGGCAUUGCCCUAAUCUGUCAGUCCUUAGCAUUUGUGUCCAUCUAGGCGCAGACAAUGUCCAUUCCUUAGAGGAGGAGAUGCAGGAACUCCCGCCUGCGAACCAUCAGCUGAAGAAAUUGCGGCUUUGCAAAUGGAGUUAUGACGAAAAGUUGGAGGGCAUGCUCAGCCUAGGCGUCAUCGUUGCUCGCUACGUUGACUAUCUAUUUCCCUUCCUGCAGAGCCUCAGGUCUUACGACGGUAGUGACCGAGAGUGGUGGAAAGGCAUUAGUGAUAUUAUAGCGUCAUACCGCGAGAUCCGCUCCUGCCAAUGCCUUACAAACGGGAGGUGAC